GCGGGACGCAAGGGGGAACUUACGAGACUGGGGCAAAGGCGGGAGGGACACAGGCGGGCGAAACGGGUCGCCGGAGGGAGGGGGAGCUUGUGGGAGCCAUGAGGAGCGGGUGUACACGGGUCAUGGGAGGAUGGUUCCGACGUGGAGCACGAUGAGUCGGAGAUGGCGGAAUAGGAGGUCAGCGAGAUGGAGGACGAGGAGGAGGGGGACGAGGAGGAGGAGGAAAAGGAGACGAUGGAGGAAGAGGAGGACGACGAGGAGCAGAUGACAGAGGUGGAGUCGGAGGAGGAGUUGGAGGAGGAGGACGAGGCGAUUAAGAAGAAGAAGAAGAAGACGAAGAAGAGGAGGAGGAGGAGGAAAAGGAGACGAUGGAGGACAAGAAGAGGCGACGAAGAAGAAGAAGACGAAGAAGAAGAAGAAGAAGAAGAGGGAGUACAAUAUGAAGGAAAAUAAUAUGAAGAAGAAAAUGAAAAGAGCAAAAAAAAAAAAAAAAAAAAAAAAAAACGAAUGAACAAACUACUUCAAUCAAUCAAUCAAUCAAUC